GCUGUUUAGGGACGAGCAAAUCAAAGCCUGCAAAAUGAAUGAAAGCAUAACAUCAGCUGACAAUAAUAACACAGAUGAGGAGGGAAAAGACUUUGCUGAUAGCUUUAACCAGCUUGAGUUACUGGAAACCCACCGUCAUUUAAUCCCUAGAGGAACCCAGAGUCUUUGGUCUGGAGACUCUGAUGAAGAAGAUCAGGAAGAAAAAACAGAGGAAUGGUACCAGGCUCAAGAGAAAAAGUUGGCAAAUAGCCCAGAUAAGCUUCUGCUUUGGGCAGCUGAAAAAAAUAGGCUUAGCACAGUGCAAAAGCUCUUGUCUCAAAACCUGGUGUCAAUAAAUGUCCAGGAUGAAGAUCAAUAUACUCCUCUUCACCGCGCUGCCUAUAACGGACACAUGGAAGUGGUGCGUGAGCUGAUUGCUCACGGGGCAGAUGUCCACGCAUUGACCGUGGAUAGCUGGACACCUCUGCACAGUGCGUGCAAAUGGAACAACACCAAAAUUGCCUCGUUCUUGCUCCAGCAUGGGGCAAAUGUCAACGCUCAGACCAACGGGUUGCUUACACCUCUGCACUUGGCAGCCGGAAACAGAGAGAGCAAGGAAACCCUUGAACUGUUACUCAUGAAUCGAUACUUAAAGCCCAAUCUCAGAAACAACUUGGAAGAGACGGCUUAUGACAUUGCUCGAAGGACUGACAAAUACCAUUAUUUGUUUGAAAUUGUUGAACACUGCACAAAUUCUGUCGUAGACUCUUAGGAAUUGUAUACCUAACACACAUGGCCAGAGCUUUUUAAAGAAAUCUAUUUUGUCAUUGCAUUCGCAGCUCUUUAGGUCAUAACUUAGCAGGUGGCUCAAAUGAGGCUCUGUUGAGUAACACUGACAUUAUUUUUAUAAGAUAAGUUAUGUGUCUAUGGAGAUUCUCAAUCAUCCAGGUCAUGAUUAUCCCAAAGGUGCUUUUUUCCAAAAGGCAACUGGACUUUCAUGGUCUUUUUUUUUUUUUCCCCUUGUGAAAACGUUUUGUUUCUCAUCCAGGAAGCUUCUUUGGGUCUGAACCUCUUGGAUGAGAACGGAAACAUUUUCAAAAGAAAAAUAAAAUCAAGAAACUCUAGUUGCCUUUUGGAAAAGAGCACCUUUGGGACAAGGUAGGCUAUGCUACCCUUGUGGAACAUUUUCACUUUAACUUGGAAAAAAACAUGGUUAUUUUGCUGCUUUCCCUAUCCAUUGUAAAUGGAAAUCAUCACAGAGCCACAAAAUAACAUGUAAAUAUUCAGCAACACUGCUCAAAACAUUUGCUGCUUCUUUUUAAGGAAUGUGAAGUUUUAAUGAGACUUAACCGGUGACUGAUAAUUUUCAACAGAGAAGAACAUGGAAUUUAAACUAUUGCUAAAACCUGGGGUAUUCACGCACAUAUCAAAGAUAGCAGCUGCCAAAAAAUGGAGCUACCUGAUUAAUAAUGUGAUGUGAUUCAGAUUUCCCAAAUCUACUUCAGUGUCUGUAUAAGAUAUAACUGUAUCUAAUUCCUUAGUUGCCAAACAUUACAUUUUGUGUGCUCAGGUUUUGCUUUUGAAAGUGACGAUAUGGUUACCUAUGUGUAGAAGUGUUUUGUUUACAUUUUUAUUGAUCAGGUUUCUCAGUCCUAAGUUACCUGAGUUUUCAGUUAUUUUUGAACUUCAUGAUCAGAAUUGCCAAUUAAUAUGUCCAGUGGUCAUGUUGAUUGGCAGUUCAGGGAGUUGCAAUUGCAGCACAUUCAGAAGUCAACAGUUUGGUGAAAGUUGCUUAAUAGGCCUUUGCUAAAUCACAUUGAGUUAUUCAGUUUUUAAAAUGGUUUGUGUUCUUUCAGUACCACUGCAGUUCACAAACUCAAAAUUCUUUUCAGUAGCAGAAUACACUACAGCUGACUGGUCCAAAGAUUGCUUGGAAGUACCUUAUUGUACAACUGCUUGCUUUCUUAAAUUAUGUUUUGAAUUUUUGGAAAACUUUGGGUUCUCGUUCAGAAGUAAACUCUGAAAUUUAUUCACAGAUGCAUGAAAAAAUCAUCAUGUGUUUGGUUCACUAGCUCUAAAGAUACUUAGGGCUGGUUCACAUAAUUCUUUGAUACACUUGAGGUUGAAAAAAAAAUUCUUUGCAAUUUAUUUGAAUUUUACCAGAUAAAAAUUACGUAACUCUUUCAUGAGAUUUUAUGUGCAUGUACGUGGUGAUGAAGCAGCAUUUGUGUUUGUGAAGAGUGGAAGAUAUGCUGAAUGUGAUACAACUGAGCUUUCUGCUAAAAUGAUAAGUUUGUAAGAAUACAAGUAUCUUUUGCUUCAGUUCAAAUUUCUCCUGUGCACUGUUUGCUACUUUGAAUGCUUUGUGUGAACCAGCCCUGACCUAAAAUAAAAUCCCUGUAAAUAUGGGAUUUAUGUGGUUUGCUGUAGCAUGAUGUACUUUCACUGUAAAAUUAGUUGUUUUGGUUCAUUAAAGUUAUUUCUGAACAAGUGA